AUGGAAAGGACAAACUGGACAACUGAGGUUGAGUUCAUUCUGCAGGGACUUUCUGAGUACCCAAAAGCUGAAAAACUGCUUUUUGUGAUGUGCUUGUUGAUGUACCUGGUAAUCCUCCUGGGGAACAGUACCUUGAUCAUCUUAAUGCUCCUGGAUUUCCAUCUCCACACACCCAUGUAUUUCUUCCUUGGUAAUCUUUCCCUCCUAGACAUCUGGUACACAACCUCUUUUAUCCCCUCAAUGCUAAUACACUUCUUAUCAGAGAAAAAAAACAUUUCCUUCACUAGAUGUGUUGUUCAAAUGUCUGUCUCAUACACUAUGGGGUCCACAGAGUGUGUGCUCCUAGCAGUGAUGGCAUAUGACCGCUACGUGGCCAUUUGCAACCCUCUCAGAUACUCCAUCAUCAUGAACAAGGUACUUUGUAUUCAGAUGGCAGCUGUCUCCUGGGGAUUAGGCUUUCUCAACUCACUGGUAGAAACUGUUCUUGCAAUACGGCUGCCCUUCUGUGGAAAAAAUGUCAUUAAUCAUUUUGUUUGUGAAAUACUGGCCUUCGUCAAACUGGCUUGCACAGAUAUUUCCUUGAAUGAGAUUACUAUAAUGUUGGGCAAUGUAAUAUUUUUGUUUUCUCCCUUACUGCUGAUUUGUAUAUCCUACAUUUUCAUCCUCUCUACUAUACUGAGAAUCAAUUCAGCUGAAGGAAGAAAAAAGGCUUUUUCCACCUGCUCAGCCCACAUGACGGUGGUGAUUGUAUUUUAUGGGACAAUCCUCUUCAUGUAUAUGAAGCCAAAGUCCAAAGACUCCACUUUUGACAAGUUGGUUGCUCUGUUCUAUGGUAUAGUCACCCCCAUGUUCAAUCCUAUCAUCUAUAGCCUGAGGAACAAGGAGGUUCAUGGAGCUAUGAAAAAACUGAUGAGUAGACAUUGGUUCAAGAGGAAACAGUGA